CCUCAGCCUCAGCGCGGGACACGAACCGCUCGAUUCCCUUUUCUUUCUGCCUCCUGUAUUUACUUUCUACUUCGAUAAUACCAUCUUCGUAUUUCCUUUCUUGCGUGCCCUGAUGCCUUGAUCUGCUUGCCGCGUGCGUUGGUCACUCUUGCGUCUAUUAAUAUACACAGCCCAGCUCCUCGAACGAUCUCCGCUCGCAAUCCCCUGCGACGUCGCGCUGCGAGACUAAGGGGAAGAGGGGGAAGUAAUCGUAAUGCAGAACUACGGCCAGCAGCCUCAGGGAUAUCAGAGACCGGGGAGCGCAGCGAGCUUCGCGGCGCCAGCGGGACCGCCGCCGCCGUAUGGAGCUGCGCAAGGAUACCAGACCGCCGCUCCCCAGACGCAGAGUCAAUGGGCACCGCCUGCUCAAAACCAGACGCCGAACCAGCAAUGGAAUCAACCACAACAGGCAGCGGGAGGAUACAAUCCUGGGUUGUAUGGCGCGAUGCCAGGAGGAUACGCGCAGGGACAGCAGGCUAUGAAUCAACCGUCGAAUGCGUAUCCUUCCCAGCAGCAAGACAUUCCUCCUCCUCCCCCACCGAAGCCAGCCGGCUUCGCUGCCGCAGCCCAGCAACAGCAGACUCCACAGAACUUUGCACAGCAGCCGGCGUACGGCGCUCAACAACCGCAGCAGAGCUUCCAGUCUCCGCAACAGCCCACGGGCUUCACACCACAAGGGCAGCAGGGAGGAUAUACUCAGCAGGGUGGAUAUCAGACCCAGGCUACAACGCAGCAGCAGUACAACAAUACCGCUCCGCCACCUCCUUCGCAGACACCUGGCGGAUCAUACUUCCCACCCACGCAAACCCCCGCACAAGGACGACCUGGCUCGAUAUACGGUGCUGAUCAAGCAGGAACAUACUCGAGUCCCUCAUCCGCCGUAGCGCAACAACCGCCCUCCUCCGUCCUCAGCCCUAACGAGCAGCAGCCCGCGUAUAUCCCACCUUCGCUCACAGGCCAAGGCGUGCAAUCCUACAUGCCCGCGAAUACGAAUCCGAUGCCUGGCGUAUAUGUUCCUCCUCCUCCAGAUAUUCCGGCGUGGCAACAGGCACAACAUGCUCCACUGCAGGGAGGGAAGAAGUUCAGGUACACGAAGCCGGUAGUGGAUCCGAGUUUCUAUGCGCAAGGUUAUCAGGGCGUUCAGCCGGUGCAACAACAGGGGCAGUACGGGCAGCAAGCUAUGCAACCGCAGCCGGGCCAACAGCAGUUCGGACAGCCUGUCCAGAAUCAGUUUCAGCCCCAAGGGCAAGUGCAGCAGCAGGGACAAUUUGGACAACCGAUUCAGAACCAGUUCUCAGCUCAAGGUCAGGCACAGCAGCCAGGCCAAUUCGUCCAGCCCGUCCAGCCCGUCCAGCCCGUCCAGCCGCCACAGACCCAAUUCAGUCAACCAAUGCAGCAGCAACCCCAGUUUCCGCAACAACAGCCUCAACAUGUUCAGCCAGCUCAAGGUCAGCAGGUACAGGUACAGUCACAGCAAUUCCAACAACAGCCAAACCAAUGGCAACCGACCCCGCCGGCAGACCAAGGAUACGUACAACAACAGCAGCAGAACGUGCAGGCUCCUUAUGGCGCACCACAACAGCCUGCUCAACAGCAAGCAUGGCAGCCAGGACAUCAAGCUCAGGGCUCGGUCGUUGGACAGCAGUACCCGCAAGGACAAGAUCAGGGCAUCCAGGCGCCGAAGCCUAUCAGUGGUCACACCGGCACAACCCCUCCCAGCUUCGUCAACCAACCAAGUCCGCAAAGCCAGCCUGUAUCUCCGGUGUCACAGCGACAGAGCAUGAGCUUUCCCUCAGGCCAGAGCCAGACUGGUCUAGGCAGGACGGGAUCCGUGAGCUCCAUAGCUCUGGGUGCUAUUCACGCCCAACGCGCAGGUAACAGGACAGAGUCGCCGAGACCCAGUCCGGCGCCAAAGCUCCCAACAGCACCACCUCCUCGAGACGAUAAGUCGAAGUUCAGCGCUCUCGGCGCGGGCGGUCCGUCGGACUGGGAGCGCUUUGGCGACAUUGACGAGGAGAUCGACGACGAGGAGAUGUUUGGUGUGAAGAGAGAUGGCAGAGUGAGCGAGGCGGUACAGUUGGACAGCACGGAGAUACCAGCGCGGCAGCCUUCUCCGCCCUCGGCGCAGGGCGGCGAAUGGCCUAGUCCUCCGAAUCAACCGGCAGCACUGAACCUUCAGAGACGCGAUACCUUUCAGCCCACGCCUCCGCCAAACAGUACUGGGACACCGGCUCAACGGCCUCUUUCCCGGCCGUCGCCGCAGGGCUUCGUUAUGGGAGAUGCUGUCCCAUCUUCUCAGCCGGCUCAGCAGGGAUUCGUUAUGGGCGAUGUGAUGGCGGCGCCAACUAAUACCACUCAGUCUCCGCAACCAGCUCAGGGCACUCAACCGCCACCUGCUCAGCAAAGCUUCGUUAUGGGUGACGCUGGUUGGGCUCCGCCUAAACAGGGUACGCCAGCUCAAUCGCAAGCACAGCAUCAACCUCCGCCGUCUACGCAGCAGGGAUUUGUGAUGGAUGAUGGGAGGUGGGCGGCUCAGUCAGUGCAGGCACAGGUUCCAGCGCAACAACAACAGCCUCCUCCAGCAAAUACCGGUUUUGUUAUGGAGGAUGGUGGUUUGCCAGCCUGGGGAGCCUCGCAGCAACGUCCAACACAGGCACCGGCCAGUUGGGGAGCACAACCGAACGAGAACCACGCUGCGAAAUUGAAGGCCAAAGAUGAAGCGUACGAGCAGCUAAAGUCCGAUUCCGAGAGGGAGAGGAUGGAUCUGCAUACUGAGAUUGACAAGCUGAAGACGGAGCUACGUACCGAGAUCGACAAGCUCAAGACUGAUGUUGAGGCUACGAAGAGCCAUGCGGAAGACGAGAAGGACGUGCUCAAAGAACAGAUUGAAGCAAUGAAAGUCACCGCGGAACAAGCGAGGAGCAACGUCGACGCGUUGAACAGGGAGAAAGAUGCUACCAUUGAGCGUCUCAAGGAAGAUGCUGAAGGCAAAGACGAUGUCAUCAAAGAGAGGGAUGGUGCUAUCGCAAGCCUGAGACAGCAGCUAAAGGAUAAGGAUAACACAAUUGAGGACCUGAAAGAGCAACUAGAGGCUGAGAAGUCGAAAGAGCCGCCAAAGCAUACGCCUGCGGACCUUGUCCCAGAUAUCGAUCCUUGGUAUGCUGGUUCGCUCGAGAGGUAUAUCGCUAUGUUGAAAGGCGAAGCCCAUGAGCUGCUAGUUGAGGACAAGACUAAGGUCUUUACGGCGUUCCUGAAGGCCGAAUCGGGCAUCCGUGGUCUUGAGUAUUACAGCGCGCCUCCACCAGCACCGGCCGCCCAGGCGCCUAUCCACCAGCAAGUGGAAUCGAUUGCUUCACUGUCAAGAGGGCCGUCGAACGCGUCCAUCAGGAAGCAAGACCUUAAUGUACAGGUGCCGCAGGAGCGUUCGACCCAGGACGAGUUUCAGUAUAGCCCUGGAGGACGUCCGAUCAUACAACGAAAGCCGACAUUAAAGUCUACCGAGAGUAUUCCGACACAGCAGUCUUUCAGCAUCUCUGGCGAGCCAUCAGGGCAGUCGACUACGAUUCUAACACCCACGAGCUCUCAAGACGAUGAAUUCAAUAAGACGCCUACGCCGAUGCAGUCUCCUCCUGAAGAGCAACCACAGCCGCAGUACAAGGCCUAUGUGCCGCCGAGCGUAACGCAGAAUGACUCCGCCAACUUGCUUCAUAGGCAGUCGAUGUCUUUUCCCAGUAUCAAUGCCUCUCCUAUUACUCCAUUGCAGACGUCUAGCUCGGGCAAGAAUGAUGAUGAGAUCUUCUUCGGCUCACAGGAACCGCAGCCAGCCGCGAAGCCUACGAGGAGGCCUACUACGGGUGCAAGCAUAGUAUCCGACGUUCCAGUUCCAGCGCCCCUGUUCGGAGCCCAGUCUGCCGCUUCAACUACACCAGCACCAAUGCAAGCGCAGAAGAAGGAUCCGAUCGACGUGCUGGCGGAUCUCCUUCCCGCUCCCUCAACGUCCUCCACGCCGAACCCGGAGCUUGAAGCCGUCCGCAAGAAAAUGUCUGAAUUCCCCUCCGACUUCUCCUUCAUCCAAGACGUUACCACCGCCUGGGAGAAAGCAGCCGCUCUGGGCCGCAGGAAGAACGAUGACGCCCGCCGCAAGCGCCAAGAGGAGUCAGAAGCCCACACUGACGAGCUGUUCAACGCGAAUGAGAUCUCCUAUGCCGACAUUGGGGCUAUCGAAGACGAGUUCAAAGGAAAAGAACGCGAUCUUAAGGCCCAGGAAGACCGCGAUGAGUACAGGUCAUAUGUGGAGGCCGUAUUCGACAAAGCGUAUGACGGACUGCAGGAGCAGAUCAAGGGUCUUAUGGAUCUGUAUAUUGAGGUUGAGAGUCUGGUCCAUACCUCCGUUUCUGGUGUAAAAAGCUUAGAAGGGAGCGCGAUAUCGUCCACGAAAGAGAGUCUAGAGCUCCUUAAGCAGCUACAUGACCAGAUCGAAAUCCGCCACGACAAAGUAGUCCAAGCUGUCUCUGAACGAGAUAAGCGGUACAAGAAGACGGAGAUCCAGCCUUUGUAUGCUGCCGGGAACAUCGGCAAGAUGAAGAACGUGGAGAAGCACUUUGAGAAUGCCGAACGACAGGCUGUGCUCAGAGCGAAGAGCGAGAAAGCGGAGCGUGUGGGCGAAUUGGUCAGGGUAGCUGAGGAGAUCGUCGUCGGUGCUGUAGGUGUUGAACAAGGCGAGAUCGACCGCAUACUCGCCGCCAUCCGCGAGCUUCCCGACAAAUCUGACGAGGACCUGCUCAACCACGCCCGCGAAACCCUCGUGGCCUUGAAAUCCUCCUCCAAAGCCCUUCUCUCCCUGUUCAACGCCCUUGAAAUCGACCUCAACACCUCCGUCCUCGAAGCUGAGAUCGCACAAGCGCGUGCCGAAAACGCAGGCCCGGACAAGAUCAAAGAGCUUGAACAGGAGCUAGCCGAGGGCGAAAAGAAACUGAAAGACGAAUUCCAGCGCCGUGUCGGUGUGCUUGAGCAGGACAAAGACGAUAUCGAUAAGUUGAUCGAGGAGAAGGGCGGGAAGGUGCAGUUGAGCGAGGAGGAGGAGAAGAAGGUGAGGAUUGCGAGGGCUUUGGAGGAGGCGAAGAAAAGGAAUGGGCAUGUGACAUAGGGAGAUGGGAGGGAGAGGGAUUGGGCAUGGCGGAGGCAGAAGGGCAUGGCAUGGCGAUGGCGUCCUUGGGUUUUGGGUUUUUGGAGUUUGAUCGGAUUUGAAUAUCAGAAUGCACUUGGGCUUCUGGGUGGGAUAUCCUUGCAUUUGUUAGCUAGGAGCGUGCGUGCAGAUUGGUAUCAUAUAUUGUUCAUCACUCUUCCUUCCAAUCCAAUUGUACAAUGGUC